GAGUAUCUGGGAAAUCUCUUCUGUUGCUAAGAAAAGAUUUUUAAGUUCCCUUUUGAGUAUCAAUGGUCUCAACUUCAAUGGUAGUAAAUCCUUUUUCUAGGAAAUGGCACAUGUCUGUGACCACUCCCAUAUAAAUGCAUGUAUAAAAAGAGCAAGUAAAGCUCAUUGCCAUCACUGAAGACACCUCAUCUCAAAGGAAUCUCACCAUCACACAAAAAGAGGUUUCCAUUUCACUCCAGAAUGAAAAUCUAUAAAUAUGAAGUGAUUGUAAUCACUGAAAACAUAAACCAUGACAACACUUUCAAUAACAUCUACAUCAGGCUGAUUGGAACAGGUGGACAGAUAGACACACACUCCUCCCUCCGCAACAAUAAAGAGUGGGCACCCUUCAACAAGAAAAACAAGAAGACAGGGUCAAAGGUGUCUAUCUGCUCUGUGACCUCUUCUACUUCCCUUGGCAAGCUGCUCAUGAUAGAGCUACACAAACAGCAUGACCCUUCAUUAUCUGAAGACUCCUGGUUCCUUGCCAGGGUGCAAGUCAACUCUCCAGAGGGAGACACGUACAACUUUCCUGUCUACCACUGGAUUGAUGACAGAAAGGUUUACCUCAGAGAGGCAACUGCUCUAAAAGACUCUGAUGACACUCAUCAUCUUAGCAGGAAGAGUAGGGAGAAGGAGCUAAACCAGAGAAAGGAGCACUAUCGCUGGGAUGUAUAUUUAGAAGGAAUACCCCACUGUGUAAAAGCACAUAGCCCUCUUUGUCUGCCCUGUGAGGUCCGUUUCUCCUUCACCAAGUGUAUACAGAUGGGAUUCAAUGCAGUCACAGGGAUAAUAUGGCUGAAACUGGAAGGACUGUCUAACCGCAAGGACAACUGGACUAGUAUGAAUCAAAUUGACCGAGUGUUCCACUCCAGGCGGACGGAUAUAUCAGAUCGUGUUCAACAGCUUUGGAGGAACGACGCCUUUUUUGGCUACCAGUUCCUAAACGGUGUCAACCCCAUGAUGAUCCAGCGUUGUACAGUCCUGCCUGAGAACUUCCCUGUCACUGAUGACAUGGUUUUCCCCACUGGUCGGUGGACAUUAGAGGAUGAAAUGCAGAAAGGAAACAUAUUCCUGUGUGACUACAAGCUUUUGGAUGGAGUGAAGACAAACGUCAUCCAUGACAAGAAGCAGUACCUGGCAGCUCCCCUCGUCUUGCUCCACAGAACUGCUGAUGAUGAGCUGAUGCCCAUUGCUAUUCAGCUGAAGCAGAAGCCAGCAGAAGACAAUCCCAUCUUCUUGCCUACUGACUCUGAGUAUGACUGGUUGACAGCCAAGAUUUUUGUGAGAAGCGCAGACUUCAACAUGCAUCAACUCAACAUGCACCUGCUGCGCACUCACCUGCUGGCUGAAGUUUUUGCAGUGUCACUGCUGCGCAAUGUGCCCAAAGUACAUCCACUGUACAAGCUCCUCAUUCCUCACACUCGUUACACUCUCCACAUCAACAUCUUAGCCCGACAACAACUGAUAUCUCAUGAUGGAGCUUUCACAGAGUUUGCAGCUUCUGGUGGAGAGGGUAUGAUCACAAUCAUGAAGAGAGCACUGUCCUCACUGACCUACAGCUCCCUCUGCAUACCAGAUGACAUCGCUGAGCGUGGACUGGACUCUGUACCAAACUUCUACUACAGAGAUGAUGGACUCAGGCUGUGGGAUAUCAUCCACAGGUUUGUGCAGGGACUGCUCCAACACUACUACAAGAGUGAUGCUGAGGUCCAGGAAGACUCUGAACUGCAGAGCUGGAUUGAGAACAUUUUUGAACAUGGAUUCCUUCUCCAAGACAGCACAGGUAUUCCCUCCAGUGUCUGCACUGUUUCUGAGUUGGUCAAGUUUGUCACCAUGGUGAUUUUCACCUGCUCAUGCCAACACUCCGCUGUCAACUCUGGACAGUAUGACUACGGUGGUUGGAUGCCCAACACUCCCGUCUCCCUUCAAAAGCCUCCACCUACCACAAAAGGGACAACGAGUGAGGAGACCAUGCUGCAGACGUUCCCCAACAUCAGCACAACAGCUCAUGGCAUGGCCACCAUGUGGCUCCUCAGCAGGCAGUCCACUGACUUUGUCCCUCUUGGCCAUUACCCAGAGAAGUAUUUCACUGAGGAGAUUCCCUGCAAGUGGAUUCAUGCUUUUCAAGAAGACCUGGAACGUUUAAGUGAAGAUAUCAAAGCCAGAAACAAGAAGCUGGACAUCCCAUACACAUACCUGGACCCGGAAGUGGUGGAAAAUAGUGUGGCCCUUUGAAUAUCAGAGGGUGUGACCUCUGGAUUAGCUGUUUGUCAAAUUCAACCUCACAUUAACAAUUAAGGAGGCAUGAAAAAAAAUAAAUCUUUUUAAGCGUCUUACAAGUAAUUAAACUUAAUACUAUAUACUUAUGAGUUUCAUUUUACCAUUUUUCUUAUUCUUUUCAAUGUCAACACAAGAAUCAAUAAUUCAUGUAUUUUUUAGACAAACCUCUAUGAAUAUUUUGUAGCUGCAUGUAACCAAUACAAAUAGCAUGAUCUGUAUAUGAGCCUGUCUGUUCUGAGUUGUAGAAAACUAGAAAAAAAACAAAAACAAAAAAAACAGUGGUUUGUGCAUUUGGUGAUUUAAUGUUUUUGUAUUUACCUUUCUUACAAGUUGUGUUCACUGUUUAAUUUCAAUUUAACUUUUUCAAUAUCUACAACAAAAAUCUUAUUAAAA